CGCCGGCGCGCCCGGGUCUCCGCGCGGGAGCCGGAACCCGAGGAGGUGCUGGACCUGAGCCGGCUCUCCCCGGAGCUGCUUCUGCUGGUGUUGAGCCACGUGCCCCCGCGCACGCUGCGGACCUCCUGCCGCCGGGUGUGCCGGGACUGGCGUGCCCUGGUGGACAGCCGCUUGUGGAUGCGCAUCCUGGCCCGGGAGCAGGGCGCCCUGCUGCCGCUUGUCCGCAGCUGCCUGCCCGCGCGCCUCGACGUCAGGCCUGCCGCUUCUGCGAGCUCCGACCGACCGUUCGGGCGCAACCUCAUCCUCAAUCCCUGCGGCCAGGAAGGCCUCCAGGGUUGGACGGUGCAGCACGGUGGGGAGGGCUGGGUGGUGGAAGAAAACCUGACACAGGUGCCCGGGGCCCCCUCGCAGAACUGCUUCGUGUCUUCCUACAAGUGGUGUCGCAAAAAACAGGUCUUGGACCUGGUGGAGAAGGGUUUGUGGCUAGAGCUUCUAGAUAGCGGCAAGAUUGAGAUCUGUGUCUCUGACUGGUGGGGAGCCCGAGACGACUAUGGUUGUGUGUACCGACUCCUUGUCCAGCUUCUAGAUGCCAGGCUGAACGUCCUGGAUGAAUUAUCUUCUUCCCCCGAUCCCGUCCAGCAGGGGAACAACCACGUCUGCUUUCAGGUCACCCACAUGUUCUCCAACAUCAAGACGGGCGUGCGCUUUGUGUCUUUCAAACACUGGGGCCAGGACACGCAGUUCUGGGCUGGUCACUAUGGAGCCCGUGUCACCAACUCCAGUGUGGUCGUGCGGGCCCGACUGUCUUAAUGGAGAGCUACCUUUGAAAAACAACCUCAGCGGUGCCGUCCGGGACCUGGGACCGCUGACCAGGACUUUUCAUGAACCAAGGAAGGAUAUCACCUCCCUGGGAUCCCGGGUACUCCAGGAUCCCUUCGAGGGGCCGCUGGGCACCCUCUUCAGGUUCUGCAAACUACUAGAAGAGAGUUCUUCCUUCAGAGCUAUGUACUGCUGUUACAGGGCAGUCCUCCCCUUGGUGAGCAUGGAAGAAUGCUGGACCUGGAGGGGCUCUUGGUCCUCCCGGCGGAGGCCCUCUGCUCAGCCCCACUCCCCUCUGCCCUUGCCUUUCUGCUUCAGGGGCUUUGUCAGUCCCUUUACAGAAGGUCUGCCUUCUCUGAAGUGGAAUCUCGUCCUUACGGCUGGGAAAAUUCCAGCCACCUCAGGUGGCAUACGGAAUGUCGGCCAGCUUUAAGGCGGGGACCAGGUCUCGAAACUGAAAGCCAAUUAGCCCCCCAAAAUGUGUGCAGAUCCUCAAGGACCCCAGUGAUUGUGUGGUGUGUAAAAUUGUUUUUUUG